AAAAUAUAACCGUGGAUCAGCCCACAUGUGAAAAACCCUAGCGAACCAUCAGAGACAGAGUAAUCGUGUUGUCUUCUUCGAACGCCUUGUUUGUUGCAGUGAAUUGUGAGCAGCGAAGGUGUUGAAUUCAACCUCCGAACAUGGCAGCAACCAAUCGCACAGUGUUACAGUUUUCUUCAUCUUCUUCCUCUUCUCAGAGCUUAUCCGCGAAGGUUCACCCACUCGUUAUCUUCAACAUUUGCGAUUGCUACGUUCGACGCUCUGAUCAAGCUGAGCGUGUCAUCGGAACUCUUCUCGGAUCCGUUCUUCCCAAUGGAACCGUCGAUAUCCGUAAUUCCUAUGCCGUCCCUCACAACGAGUCCGUCGAUCAGGUUGCUUUGGACAUAGAGUACCACCAUAAUAUGUUACUGUCCCACCAAAAAGUGAAUCAAAAGGAAGUCAUUGUUGGAUGGUAUUCAACUGGACUUGGAGUAACUGGUGGUAGUGCAUUGAUCCAUGAAUUUUAUUCUCGAGAAGUACCCAAUCCCAUACAUUUGACUGUUGAUACAGGAUUCACAAAUGGAGGGGGUACCAUUAAAGCAUAUGUGUCAAACAAUUUAUCUCUUGGAGACAGGCAAAUCGCGGCACAGUUUCAAGAAAUUCCAUUGGACCUUCGAAUGGUUGAAGCCGAGCGAGUUGGAUUUGAUACCCUAAAGGCAACCGCCGUUGAUAAAAUUCCCUCUGACUUAGAAGGCAUGGAAGCAACAAUGGAACAUCUGCUAGCUUUGAUUGAUGACAUCUACAAAUAUGUUGAUGAUGUUGUGGAAGGGCGUGUUGCACCCGACAACAAAAUUGGGAAAUUUAUAUCAGAUGCAGUAGGUUCCCUUCCCAAAUUGCCCCCAUCAGAUUUUGAUAAGCUUGUGAAUGACAGCUUGCAGGAUCACUUGCUCAUGCUAUAUUUAUCUAGCAUCACAAGAACUCAGCUUAGCUUGGCUGAAAAAUUGAACACGGCUGCUCAGAUUUUGUAAUUCUGAUUGUCUAUGAGCGAAGGAAAAAUUUUCCUGAUAGAGGUUUUCUUGUCAUAUUUUUCAGAAACGUGGAGUAUCAGCAUUUUAUACUUAACCUUUGCCUUUUAAUUUAUUUUUAUUUUUUGUAUUUUGUGCAUGGAAAUGGAUAGGUGUCUUCUAUAUCUCUUCCAAGGUUGCAGACUUGCAGUGUAGCAUUCCCUUGUCUUGUAAUUUGUUAUAUUUGAAAAAAGAUGGCCGAAAUCGUUUAGUUACUUGUUUUAUUUGUGUUUGGAUCUAUCAUGGUAAAGAAUUUUGUAAUUGGAUUUAAGUUAACUUUUUAGUUCUGUAAAAA